AUGUUCAUUAUGUCUCUGUAUCCAGGAAAAACCUCGGAUGAUCUUAAAGAGAGAAGGUUCCAGAUAUUGUACUUGCAGGUCCAGGAAUGGUUAGGAAAUCCUCUACCGCCCACUGAUUGGGGAUUCGAGAAGCACGAAGAGGGUCACUUACGCCCAGUGACCAACCGAAGUAAGCCGGCUCCAGACCGCCUUCUCGAAAUGGUAUCUUGUUACUGCACACAAGGGUGUGAAUCCAAGAAAUGUUCGUGCAGAAGGCACAAGAUGGUGUGUUCGAACAUCUGCAGGUACUGCGCGGGGCAUGGAUGUAGUAAUAAGUUAAGAGAAGAGGACGAGGACAACGUCGACCAUGCGGACAAAGACCUCGAGCCGAUCCCGUGUACUGAAACUGAUGUGGAAUUCAGCCUCGCUUGA